GAGCCUUACAAGAUGCCAGGCCUUCAUAGGAGAACCCGCCGACACCCUCCCUUGAGGCCAGUGAUUUGGGUGCUGCCUACCAUUCCAGAUUCUUCCACAGCCCAGCUGCACCCCUCCUGAGACCCUGAUAACGCAUCUGCCCGUGGGCUCUGCAUUCUGGCACCCUGCCGGCCUUCACUGUGUGAUCAGCGGGAAUCAGUCUCCAGAUUGUCAGGUCCUCAGCCCUCGGGGAGAUGUCAGGACAGGCAAGGGACGCUGAAAAAGCACCUGGAGCUCCCCACACGCUUCUUUCGUGAACCACGUGCUGAGCUCAUGAAUUCGGGGUGAUGGGUGACCCGGCUCCCAGGGAGGCGCUGAGCUCCCCAGCACAGCCCCUGGGCCCCCCUCUCGCCUCCGCCUCCGUCCACACCUCGGUCCCUCGGGUCUGCCUGGGGCGAUUCGGUGGGAACCUAAUCAGGUGCCUGGAAUUCCGCGCUCGCAGGCCCCGCCCACAGGCCCCAUCAGCCAAUCGAGGCGCCGGCAGGCCGUGUGGGGCGGGCCGCUCGGGCCGAAUUCCCGAGGCUUUAAAUCCGCUGCCGCGGAGCCCCAGCCGUCGGAGCUCCUGGACGCGCACGUGCUGACUGCCCCUGCUCGGCUGCGCCCCCGAAGGUUUUGAAGCAUGAAUCCUUCAUUCCUCUUGAUUGCCCUUUACUUAGGAGUAGCUUCAGCUGCUCCAAAACUUGAUGGAAGUUUAGAGGCACAAUGGCACCGGUGGAAGGCAACACACAGAAAGCUAUAUGGCUCGAAUGAAGAAGGAUGGAGGAGAACAGUGUGGGAGAAGAAUAAAAAAAUGGUUGACCUGCACAACCAAGAAUACAACCUAGGGAGACAGAGCUUCACCUUGGCAAUGAAUGCGUUUGGUGACAUGACCAACGAAGAAUUCACGCAGGUGAUGAAUGGCCAUCAAAACCAGAUGUGCAAGAAAAGGAGAGUGUUCCGGGAACCUUACGUUGCUGAAAUCCCCCCAAUGGUGGAUUGGCGAAAAGAAGGCUAUGUAACUCCCGUGAAGAACCAGGGUCACUGUGGUUCUUGUUGGGCAUUUAGUGCAACUGGUGCCCUUGAGGGACAGAUGUUCCGGAAAACUGGCAGACUUAUCUCACUGAGUGAGCAGAACCUUGUGGACUGCUCUCAGGCUCAAGGCAAUGAGGGCUGCAAUGGUGGCCUCAUGGAUAAUGCUUUCCAGUAUGUGAAGUCCAACGGUGGCCUGGACUCGGAGGAGUCCUAUCCAUAUCAAGCAACGGUGGGACCCUGCAGAUACAGGCCCGAGGACUCUGUUGCCAAUGACACCGGCUUCGUGGACGUCCCUGGGCAAGAGAGUGCCCUCAUGAAGGCAGUGGCAACCGUGGGGCCCAUCUCGGUGGCUAUAGAUGCAAGUCAUCUCAGCUUCCAGUUCUAUAAAGAUGGCAUUUAUUAUGAGCGGCGCUGCAGCAGCGUGGAUCUAGAUCAUGGCGUUCUGGUGGUUGGCUAUGGCUUUGAAGGAGAAGAAUCAAGUAACAAUAAAUACUGGAUUGUCAAGAACAGCUGGGGUGAAGGUUGGGGCCAGAAUGGCUACAUAAAGAUGGCCAAGGACCGGAACAACCACUGUGGAAUCGCCACCGCGGCCAGCUAUCCUACUGUGUAAGAUGAUGUGAUAAAGAAAGACUUGAUGGAGAACAGGAGAUCCAGAGGAGGAAUUUUUAUCUUAAAACUGAGCACAUUUACUUACUGGGAUACAACACUUGAAUCUUGGAGCUCCAAACUGUGAUUUGCAUUCUGUGAUGUUUUAUAUUUGUUAAAAUGUUAGCACUUCUUUUAUAAGGAUGUAUACAUUUUUACCUUUCAAAAUAAAACUUAAUUUUUGUUAUUAUUUUUAA